CUUUGGGGAAGAAAGGCUUUUAAAAAAUCUUGUCUACAAGAUUUGGGGUCGGCGAAGGUAAUCGCUCGACAUGUGGACAGUACGCGAGUAGGCGAACUAGGACAAAGGCAAACUGCGAUUUUGGCUUGUGCGAUGAUAGGCGUCCCGUCGAAGGGGUUUAUCGGCAGCAGCUUCAUUGGUGAACGUAACGGUCCGCAUAGGGCAAGUGGAAGCCAGACGAAGAUGACAGACAUGAACGAGUUUGGGGAGAUAGACAGGCUAGCAACUGCAUAUGGCAGAAUGGAGAUGGAGGAAGAAGAUGAAUUUCUUUUUGUGGAAGCAAAGGAUCAGGGAGUGAGAAGGUAGGAUUAACUCUGGUAAGGACAAUUACUUCUGAAAAGACGGUACAUUUCUCUUUCUUUCGCGAUACUAUGGCUAAUGUGUGGAAACCUGUUAGAGGUGUUACUAUUAUUUGGAUAGGCGCACGCAGAUAUUUGUUCCAAUUUUACAGUGAAAGUGAUUUGACACAUGUUCUGGAGGAAGGUCCAUGGACUUUUGACCAGAACCUCAUUGUUCUUGCUAAAUUAAAGUCAGAAGACUUGCCUUUGAAAGUACCAUUGAAUAAGGCUGACUUAUGGAUACAGGUUCAUGUUGUGCUAAUGGGGUUUUUUUCUGUGAAAAAUGCCAUAAAAACUGGGAAUUUCGUAGGGAACUUUAUUCGGGUGGAUGAACAAAAAAUUUCUGCUGAAUGGAACCCUUAUAUGAGGAUAAGGGUUAAUAUUGAUUUGAACAGACCUUUGAAAAGAAAGUUGUUUCUCCAAUCGGAUGAAGGGGAAAAUUUCUGUGCGAAAUUUAGGUAUGAAAAAUUGCCUAGUUUUUGUUUUGCUUGCGGAAUUAUCGGACAUGCAGAAAGAUUUUGCCCGCGCUACCCUGAUAGCAAAGGCAGUAGUGGUGAAUUACUGUUUGGGCCUGAGCUGAGAGCGUCUAAAGGAAACGUAGCAGUGGGGGGGAUAAAUGGAUGGUCCCAGCUAGCAAAGGAAAAGGGAAGGAAGAGGAGGGGGGAUAGGGAUGGAAAGUUCCGGUGCGCGGGGAGAGACGCAAAAAGGGAAAGAUACUGCUCAUAUGGGAGACAAAAUGGACCAGAAGAGGAGGCGGGUGGAUCAUGGAGAACCAGAGGCAGUGCAAAACAACAUGGAAGUGGAGAUGGGCACACCAAAAACGGGGAGGAGGCGGGCUACAAUGCCCGCCUCACCGACAACUAAAAAAUGUGACGGAUGAAGUAGCAGGGAUUGAAGCAUACAAACUCCAUCACCUAGACUAUUAUUUAUGUUGUUAUUUGUUUUUUUUUGUCAGAACUCAGUCUAUUGUAGUCUUUUUAUUUUUACUUACAAUAAGGGUACUGGUUUGGUGGAUCGCUGUUUUGUGAUCAGACUUUUUCUGGAUGGAGGCAAUCGGACUGAUUCAGCCGCUAAUAGCCUCUUUGUUCUCACCGUUUCAGGGAUUAGUCUCGCUCUCUAAAGGGUGGACUAUUCUAUGUCUGGACAUGACGUGAGAGGGCCAAUGGACUUUUGGUUUAGUUGGUCUAGUGGGAAAGUUAAGUCUUGGGACAUGAAUAUUGUACUGGUUUGUUUGAUUCUAAUAUAAAUUGUUUCCUGUAAAAAAAACGCAUCAACUAUUAUAAUG